AUGAAGCUCCUUUCCUUUGUCUCUCUCUUUGCCCUUGGCGCCAUGGCUGCUCCUGGCAUUAUCAACCCGUCGGCUGUCCAGGCCAACAACAUCAACAACACCGCCCUUGCCUUCAAGGCCGAUAGUGCUCACCACGCCGACGCCUCCCCUGCGGUCACUACUGAGGUUGACCAUAACCCCGACUGCGAUCUCGACUGUGGCUGGGGAGGGUCCUACUGCUCGCGCUUUCCCAAGCUCUACCACUGCAACGAAGAUGGACAGGUCCGAUUCAUCAUGUUCGACUUGAUUUGCGCUCUCCGCUGCAAUAGUCACUCCACGGAUGUCUGUUGGGAAGAUGUCUACAUGGACAAGCAAGUUGCCUGGGCUUCCGAUAUAACAGGGAAUUCUCCCAGCAAUCCAGCCAGGCUCAAGGGAAAGAUGGAGAUGGGGUUCUGGACAUGA